AUUCAUUGACAGAAUAAUUAUGAGGUUUUCACUUUUCUGGAUUGUUAUUCUUUACUUUCAAAAUUCUGCUGCAGUGGAAAAGUGUGUUAAAUCUGGAGAAUCAACCUUAUGCUGUGCAGAUUACCAUUUAGUGAAGGGGCAGUGUGUUCCAUGUCCCAAGGGGCUGUUCGGGCCGGGAUGUCAGCACACGUGUCCUUUUCCAAGUUAUGGUCACCGCUGUUUGGAGGGUGAGUGCAGGUGUCCCCAAGAAUCAUGUACCCCCAGGACUGGCUGCAGCGAUCCUUCACUCAAUAGACUUAAUCCGGUGUUUCAUUCGGAUUUAAGUUCAAAAGAAACCAUUCAAAAAUCGAAAAUUGGAAUCUCUGGCCACAACGAACAAACUACCGAUGAGAUGAAGGAAUAUGAAGAAAAUAAGUCAAGUUCAUCCGCUGUGAUAGCCGUCAUGUCAGUGAUUGGUGUACUAAUUAUAUGUCUGAUAUUAUCAGUAAUUGUCUUCAAGCUAAGAGGAAAAAUAAAACUCCGUGUACAAAAAUCGACUAAAAGAGGUUCUCAAAUCGCAAGUCAUGUUAAAACGUAUUGCGAAAUUGACGAUUACGAUGUUAUGGAGGACGAAUUCGGCGAAUCUGAAACUUACGAAAAAAUUGACCAGUCCCAGAAGGAGGGACUCAAGUACACCUCAUUACCAACAAGGCCAGGUUUAUCCAAAAAGGACCGAGACAUUAUGUCCAGUCUAUCAAUGCAGAAAAUACUGGAGGAUGACGACAAAGAAGAAAUGGAAACAAAAGUGCGGCUGAGAAAAGACAAAAACUUUGACGCAACAUUACUAAAGCGAAUGGGUAAAACAGGUACCCAGGUCAGCGGGUAUAUUGAAAUGACUAAAGGAACUGAAUUGGAGGAUUAUGUUCCUAUGACUACAGAUCAUCUUGAACCUAAUGUAUCCGAGAUAACAAAUGAUGAAACUUAG